AUUAUGUCAGCGUGACAGCUUAUAAACACAUGUAUCCGCCAAGAUUGUCAACAGAGGAAUCUAUUUGUUUUUAAUAUCCGGAAAGUGAUAGAAAAACAAAGUUGAAAAUGCCGCAAGCCACACAUAAAUUCGAUGCGAACAAAAUGCGAAAAUUGAUGGAACAAGAAACUGAAUACAUUUCCAAUUUGUUCACAAUUUUCGAUGUUCCCGAUUCGGUUGAAGACGACACUAUCGACGAACAGUUUUUACUAAACAACAUCAAAUCGUUGAAAAAGUCAAAAACGCCAACGGCUCCAGCUAAAGCAAAUGCAAAGCAAAAUUCAACUGACAUUGAAGAGAAACUGGAAAUUAUGCGCAACAAAUGGAAAAGCAAGAAAUCCAAACCAUCGGAGAGGACGAUUAAAAAGCGUGAACAAAAGAAAUUGAAAAAGACAAAGGAGUUCAAGAAGAAGAUCGUGUCCAUUGCCAAAUCGGCAAAGAAUGAGAAAAUCAAAGAGGAGAAAUCGAACGAAGAUAACAAAGAGGAUGUGAAAGCAGCUGUGGUGUACAAUGAGGAGGGAAAAAUGGUUUUCCCGAAAUUCGAAUUCGCUGCUCAGAAGAGCAAAGCGAAGAAAAGCAAGAAGGACAAGGUGGUGAAGAAUCCGAAGCUUCUUUUGAAAACAAUCAAAAAGCAACGGAAAGAGAUCGAAGAACUGAAGGAGCGAGGCGAUGUGGACGAGGCCAAUAAAAUCACGAAUGAUCUGGCAUGGAAAAAGGCAUUCGAUAAAGUCGAAGGAAAGAAGGUUAAAGACGAUACAGCCUUGUUGCAGAAGACAAUAAAACGUCGCAAAGUGGAAAAGAAGAAAUCGAAAACAGACUGGAAACAGCGACAACAGAAAGUAACUAAAAACAUUGAAGAACGACAGAAGAAGCGACAAGAGAACCUUAACAAAAAGAAAGAUGAGAAGAAGAAACACAAAUUGAAGAAAAUGGCCAAGAGAGGACGGGUCAUUCCCGGUUACGGUUAAAUGUAAAAACUUAUUUUGUUUUUAGAAAAUAAAUUUCCUUUGAA